AUGGAUCCUCGCCCCACGAAGAAACGCCUGUCCAUGGCAUGUAAUAAUUGCCGACUGCGAAAAGUGAAAUGCGAUGCAGAUUAUCCACGAUGUCGCAACUGUCGAGUUCGCGAUGAAAUUUGUGCUACUUGUGAUCCUCGGCGCCCCGGUGAACCUGUAGUGCGAGAAUGGAUUGUCACAGAGAAGAUACAGGAACUCGACACAACCAAACAUGCAGUAUACGCCAGUCCUACUCCCUCUCUACAGCGACAAUUAUUUCCACAAGGUAAUGCUCCAGGUACACAGACGGAUCAAUCUAUAGCGGCCAGUGGACACAAUGAUCGAUGUCCCUUUGCCCGGGAUAACGAGCCUGGCCAUACUCCUCUGCAUGAAUCUCCCGUACAUCAACCAUUUCACGUCAGCUCAAACACCGACCCGGAGUUGAAUCGCACUAAGAUAGUCGGUGGCAGCAGUUCGCAAUGUUUGGCAAAAUCAUUGGACGUCUACCUCAAGUCAGUGCACCGGAAACCCAUCUCCGAUAUGUUCAAAUAUGGAAUGAGAUAUGCAGAAGAGUUUGACAUUCCGUUGGAAGUCUCAUUGCCACCAUUACCAGUUUCUUCUCGCCUUCGUGCAUAUAUUUCGACUUUUUUUGAUCGUAUUCAUCCGUUGUACCCGCUAUUUGACGUUGAACACUUCCAAGGGGUUGUCAACCAGUUGGUAGAAUGGAAAGAGGAGCUCAAAUCGAUGCUAAGGGAUCAAAUACCAUGGCUUGCAAUCAUUUAUCUGGGUAUUAGUAUGGGCGCAGAUGAACAAUCUCGUAGUAUCACUGCCGAUGGGACGCGAUACCUCCAUGCAGCUGCAACUCUUCUCAGCCACGUGACAUUUGUGCCCUAUCUUCCCGCAGUACAGGCGCUGCUCAUGUACACUAUUGCCUAUCGUGGACGAAACCAAGAAGGUCUGGGAUGGCAAACCUUGGGAAUGGCUAUUCGUAUCGCGCACACCAUAGGCAUUCAUCGAAGAGCAGCCUAUAGUGCUCCUCGUUCCAGUGAUAUGCAUCUCAUACCGAAGUAUAUACACGAAGGCCGGAUCUGGGCAGUAUGUUGCAUCCUGGAAAAGUGCAUGGAGCUGGAAUCAGGACGGCCAACCUCAAUCCCUUAUUCAUUUGCAUGUGACGAUAUCCUACCGCCACACCUUCACGAACAUGACGAUGGGCAACUUCUUCGGUGGCAGUUAGGGCUGGCAGUGUAUCAGCAUGAAAUCUCUCAACAUAUAUACGGCCAUACAUUACGGAAACGCAGGGCACGCGAGAUUCUACUAGACACGGCUCGACUUGAUAAGUGCCUCUUAGACUGGGUCAACAGUAUACCUCCUCAAACGCGGCCGGGAAAUGACAUUUUCUGUCCAAAGGGUGUCUUACAUCUUGCUGCAUUAUUAUCUAUGAUGUACCACGAGGCAAUGAUAACGCUCCAUCGAGCAGCACUCAUUGCACCCAAUGCAAACUUUGAGGCUGAAGUUGAGAAGGAAGGUCCUGAUGACUCGUCACGGUUUCGCAUUCUCGGCGGAGAGUCGAUUUGUAUUAAUAGUGCAAGAGCCAUUGCGAAGUUGAGUAUUGAGCUUUCGGACCAAAAGACAGAUACAAGAUUGAUACCAAUCGGCGUUCCAUUGCUGGCGUGUAUUGUGUUGGCUAUCUAUCAAAUAAAGCAUCCAGAUAGCAGGAUGCAAUCCACAGAUCUACCGCUCCUGAAAACAUGCCUAGAAAUCUGCAGUGAAAAAUGGAUUGAAUGUGGUCAAGAUAGUCGUUUCAUCCAAGGCUUGUCAACAAUAUACGAGCGUGUCAGUGGAUAUAUUAACUCUCAGAGAGCCAGCAAAAUACCGAAUGCGCCCCAAAAUCGUACAACAACUGGGCAUAUUUUAUCAGAUCCAUCACACUACACCAAAAAGUCGCGGGUCGCAUCUAUACAAAACACCCAUUUUACUGACUUGAGUCAACAAUCCUCUGGUUCUAAUAGCGCAAAUCACAUACCCUAUUCCGACAGUAGACGGCACGAUACUGAUGAAGGAAAUGCCGCACAUACAGUAGCACAACCGACGUAUGAACAUAUUCCAAACGAUGCACCUAUACUAUCUCAAUAUGACCAUACGAAAGAAACUGUCAACAGUCAGCAUGGCCAUCUUCCACCGAGUGUCCAAGGUUAUGACUGGCUGCAGGAGUCAUCGCUACAGGGAGACAGCCAAUUUCCCUUUGAUGGAUACAAUGUUGAAGAUUUGUGGGAGUGGAUGCUUUAUUUUGACUCGCAACCGGAAGGAGUGUCUGAUACUUGCACUUGA